AUGACACUUUUGGAUAAGAAAUGUGGAGACAUCAUAGCAGCUCGAAAAUUGGAAAAAUCGUAUAGGCAAAUUGCCAAUCUUGUUAGUUGUAAUCCCAAGACUGUUGGAAAUGAAAUUUUGCAAAGAACUAUUAGUCACACUCUUUGUAAAGCUAAUCUGUUCGCACAUGUUGCCGUUCAAAACCUUUUAUUAAUGCUAAUGCUAAAGAAGAACAUUGGAAGUGGGCUGAAAAGCAUCUUUACUGGACAGUUGAUGACUAGAAAAAUGUUUUCUGAAGAGUUUGAUGAUGAUUGGCUUGUUCCAGCAAUCAAAUCUAAAGAGAUUAUAGUGUGGGGCUGUUUUUCUUGUUGUUAUACUAUUUAUAAGCUUCAAGACCAAUACCCUAAUAGUAAUAGGCCUCCCUAUAGUUCGGAUCUUAGUCCAAUUGAGAAUCUUUGGAUGGUUAAAGAAGAAUGGGAAGCAUUAUCUCAACAUUAUUAUAAACAUCUUGUUGAAAGCGAAGUUGACCGUGUCAUGGAG